AUAAAAGGUGCACAUUAGGCCCAAACUGUACCGUAUAAAAAGGGCCCAUUUGAUAAACUUCCCCAGAAAUUUCUCAGUCAUGUUUCCUGUAACAAAGGGUUUAAUCAGAAACUUCAACCCUCUCCCUCUCCUUGCAGCAGCAAUGGCUCCUUCUCCACUCGUUAGGGUUUACUCUACUAUUACUACCACUCCAUCUUCGCCUUCCGAAGUUUCCGUCAAGAGAGUUGGUACUCAUAAUGGAAGCUUCCACUGCGACGAGGCUCUCGGUUGCUUCAUGAUCCGCCUCUCCCAUAAAUUCUCCGGCGCCGAUAUCGUCCGUACUCGUGACCCUAAGAUAUUGGCAGAACUUGAUGCAGUGCUUGACGUUGGAGGUGUUUAUGAUCCCCACCAUGACCGUUAUGAUCAUCACCAGAAAGGCUUUGAAGAGGUUUUUGGGCACGGAUUCAACACUAAACUCAGUAGCGCCGGUCUCGUUUACAAGCAUUUUGGAAAGGAGAUCAUUGCUAAAGAACUUAACGUUGAACAAGAUCACCCUGAUGUCCUUCGCUUGUUUCUAGCUGUCUACAAGAGCUUCAUGGAGGCAAUUGAUGCUGUGGACAAUGGAAUAAAUCAGUAUGAUACUGAUAAGCCUCCUAGAUACGUGAACAACACACAUCUGUCUUCAAGGAUUGGGAGAUUAAACCUGGAUUGGAUUGAUCCUGACCAGUCACAGGAGAAGGAGAAUGAGGCUUUCCAGCUUGCUAUGGCUCUUGCUGGCGAAGAGUUCCUCCAAAGUGUAAGAUUUCAUGUAAGAUCGUGGUUACCAGCUCGAUCAAUAGUGAUUCAAUGUCUUGAGGAAAGAUUCAAGACAGACCCAAGUGGGGAGAUCAUGGAACUGAAAAACUUCUGCCCUUGGAAGCUUCAUUUGUUCGAGCUUGAACAAGAGAUGAAGAUCGAACCCCUCAUCAAAUACGUCAUCUACCAGGACGAGCGAGGAAAGCAAUGGAGAGUUCAAGCAGUGGCGGUUGCACCGGACAGGUUUGAGAGCCGAAAGGCUCUUCCUGAGCAAUGGAGAGGACUUAGAGAUGAGGAACUCUCUAAAGCUGCUGAGAUCCCCGGUUGCGUUUUUGUUCACAUGAGCGGCUUUAUAGGCGGAAACCAGUCCUAUGACGGCGCUUUAUCUAUGGCUAGAAACGCCCUCACUCUCUGAAUUGAGUAAAGAAAUAAUCCCCCAUUACCAAUAAGAGAGUUUACAUUUCUUGUUUAUGUUGUACAAUUUUUGUUUUCAGUUGAGUGACGUUUUCGUAAUUUUUAUUUUCUUGGAUGGAAUCGUAUCUUCGAUAGAUGAAAUCAAUAUAAUAACAUAUGAAAACUCA